AUGGAUGCUGAAGACUAUCAAAGACAUGUUGCUAUGAACGAUAUCUGUGGUCGCAGAUAUGGACUUUGGGGCGAGGGAGAGUGGACCAAUUUAGAGGAUCAGUGGACGAAAUGGUUGGAAAAGGUAUCUGAGGGUCUUGUCGUCUUGCGGAAAGAUCAAAAUGGGAAAGUGAUUGGUACUGUAGUUGACAGGAGGGUAAAAAUAUGCCCCAAAUACCUUGAAGAAGGGCCCCAUUACUCUCUUGGCUCUUGUCCGCGAUGGCAUAUUUGUAAAAGGUUCCUUGAAGAUAAUUGUCGAGGUGGAUGUAGCCGUUCUCAUGACUUCUAUGAUGAGAGUAACAGAGACAAGAUAGAACGAUUUUUUCUUGAGUUGUUUCCUAAUGAACUUAUCAGAAGGAUCGUUAGCUACAGCCUGCCUCAAGUUUGCCUCCUGUUUUUGAACGGAAAAUGCAAUUACGAUGGUUGUCCGUACCUUCAUAUUUGUCCUAGUGUGGUAGGAAAGUUUAAUUGCCAAUGUUCUCUGACACACAACAACGCUGGUCUAAGUUUGCAUAACAAGGAAGUUCUACAAAGGUACUGGCUACAGGCAAGGAUCACUGAUUUUGCUCUUUUGAAUAUUUUGGUGCCGGUCGAGCAAAGAAAUUUUAAAUCAAGCGUAACUGUGAUACGUAUAUAUUGCCCGAAUUUGAAGUUACCCAUAUUUGAGGAUCCCAAAGGCGUCUUAAAAAUACCUAAUGCAAAUGCAUUUGUUAUUGACAAUCUCAUUACACGUUCUACUUAA